CGGGCGUGUCUUGUAAAAAGAACGAGCGAGCGCAGACAGAAAGACAGAAGGGGAUGUCAGACGAGGAAAUGGCUCGUGCAGGCGAGGGUAAGGACACGGCCUACGAGUACCUGUGUCGGCUGGAGGAGGCAAAACAAUGGUUAGAGGCGGUGCUUGGUGUGUCGUUGCCGCCGGCAACGGAACUGGAAGCGGCCCUCCAGAACGGAGUCGUUUUGUGUCAACUCGGUGCCAAGCUGGUUCCAGACGACCCCAUGUGGGGCAAGGUGUACGACAUGGACCAAUCAAAGUUCAAGGCCAGAGGUCUCGACUACAGAUAUACUGACAACAUCAACUUUUGGCUGAUCUCCCUUCACAAGUCGGGCCUUCCCAAGAUAUUCUACCCAGUGAUGACUGAUAUUUACCACAUGAGGAAUAUGCCAAAACUCAUCUACUGCAUUCACGCUCUUGGCCACCUCCUCAAGAGGCAGAAUAAGGUUCAGCACGCCAUAGAAGAUCUGUACGGACAGGCGGAAUUUUCUCCCGAUGUCAUUUCUCGUACCAGCAAAACUCUGCGGCAGUCGGACAUGCCUGCCUUCAGCAUCGUUGAUAACCUUGUCGAGGAAGAGUUGCAGUAUCAGGCUCUCGGACUGACAGACAGUUUUGAUGAGAAAGACACGAUCACUGUAAAUGGUUCAGAGACCAGUCCAGUGGAUGGACAUAUAAAUGGAGGAGGAGGAGAACGAGGGAAGAGAGGGAGGGAGGAAGAGAAGGAGAGAGACGAAGAGAAAGGAGGAGGAGGGGGGUUUAGAGAGGAGGACCUUUUCGACGACCCGAAAUACGCCAGCUCAAUGUGGAUAGAGCAAACGAUGCUAAAAGUACAGCGAAACGGUUCGCCUCCCGAAUCGCCCGACAUGCGCCAUCCUUUCACAUCCACCAAGUGUCAGAUUCGCGACGUUACAGUUCACCUGUACGCCAAGAAAUCGCGGAAGAAAAAGUGCCCUUCAGCAGUCGACAAAGCUCUGGAGAAAGUCAACGUGGCCAUGGACGAAGAGGACAAGAAGCAGACGUUUACUGCUCUGCAGUCAAAAGAAGCCAAACUUCCGUUUCUCUACACCGACAGUGUGGACAAGUAUUGGAACGAUCUGAGGAGAGAUAGAAAGGGUGGAGUGCCUUGCAAUGUACUGGUUGUGUAUUCCGGCAUGACGAGAGAGAUGUGUGUCGAGUUCCUGGAGAAAAUGGACCCAGGAGCCUACAUCGUCAGGAGCAGUAUUUCCUUGGAGAAUACCUUCGUUUUCUCAUUCAGGAACCAGACGGGGAUCAAACACUGGCAGCUGUCGGACCGGGAAGGGAAGUACUACUGGGGAAGCUCCUCUGGUUUCCACACCCUUGAGAGCUUCGUGGAGCAUUUUGCGGAGGCCCUCUCUCAAGUGACUCAUCUCCAUGUCUAUCCUGGAAUGACGACGGCGCUCACACCCCAGUUCCAUACCACUGAGCAGCAAUCAAUGAUAGGGAGGCUAAGAGCAAUGGAUGACAGGCUAGGCUAUGGACAGCUGUGUCGCGUGAUAAAAGACGUGAACUCGGAGAUAAGACAAGGCAGAAAGGAGUCCAUCGGUCGAAAACCCGUACCAAGAAAGGUAAAAUUUCGCUCCGCGCGCGCGCGUUACUGCGCAUGCGCGAAAGUUCCGGGCCGCCGCGCGCGCAUGCGGAAUUCUCCGCCCACCCAAACGCAUGCGCAACCGGCCAUUGUCACACUUUUCUCUCCAUUUUCGCCGAGAAAGCCCUCGUUUUGGCUCCACAAAAUGUCCGGUGUCGAGAUGUCGGAAGAGCAUCAGUCCGCGGUCGAAGAAAAAAUGGCCGCUGAACAGAAACGGAAGCGACGCAGCUACGACGUCGCGUUCAAGAUGGAAGUGGUGGCCUACGCCCAGGCGCACAACAAAAUGAAAGCCGCGCGCCAGUUCGACAUUCAUCGGCGCUGCGUGCAGACUUGGUGCAAGACCAGGGAUAAGCUGGAGGCCGCCAACGCCAAGCGCAUGAGGCUAGCUGAGCACGAAGAAGCGCCCGCGGAAGCACUCGAGGUGUCCAUUUCGGGGAUUACGGAGGAAGGCGAACUUUUGGCCGCACUGCCGAUCACGUGCGCCAGCAUAGUCGACAACAAUGACGUCACCUCCGACGCGGACGCCGUUACGAUUGCUGCGCUCGUGGCGGCGGCAGCGAGAGGUGAUUCAACAGCAAACUCAUCAGUUCAAACAGAGUGGGACAGCACGGUAAAUAUUUGGGGCAAAACAAGAAUUUUUACUUUGACUCUGAGAAUCAAUGAUGUGCAUCGAUCCAGGUGCACAGAACAAAAAGUAGACCAAAGAAAUUUGCAACCUAGACAAAAUAAGUAAUGCCUGCACAAACAAUGGAAGGGGUGGGUUGUUGACAUAAUGGUAUUGUUAUUGUUCCUCUGUUUUCUUUUUCCCUGUCGUAUGUCCACAGAUGGUCAUAGCCGUCAACAGGUUGCAGGCCGAGGAGAUUCUAAACAAAGAGGGAAGACCGGGGUCUUUUCUAGUUCGACCGAGUGAGAAAACCCCCGGCGAUUAUGCCCUGGCGUUCAGGACGACGUCGGAGGUCAGACAUUGGAAGAUGGUUCAAGACGGAGGGAAAUUCUACGUCCAUCCUCGCCCAAAUCCUUACAACAACCUAGAGGAGAUCAUUCAGCACUUCAGAGAAGCAGUGGGUCAAGAAACCGGACUGGUGAUGACUCCACUUGUAUUGGACUGGUCCAGAACCAUCGUAAAGGUAGGUCCAUACUUUACUUAGAUGACCUCACCAUACAUACUUACAUACAUACAUACAUACAUACUUACAUACAUACAUACACGACCUCACCAUUACCACGACUAAGUGUAUGAGGAAAUUAGCAUGAUUGGUAGAAAGAGGACACAUGUGUGCUCUGCCAAAUGGAAUCUCGCAACGUAUACACACACCACACACACACACGUUUAAGCACCUGGCUGGCUGCAUGCGGUGACGCCGACAAAAGCCGCCCGCCCUCUCACGUUAGUUUUAGUCCUGCCUACACUUUACCUCUCUCUCUUCUUUCCCCAAUCACAAACACACACACACUUAGACGUGCCAGGGAAAGGAGUAAAACAAUGGUCAUAUACUAUAUACGCAUGUGAGAAGCUAAAGAAAGCUUCUCCUUAUAUCCUUGUUACCCACACAUCAUGCCGCUCUCUCUCUCUCUCUAUCCUUGUAUCCCUGUCACCCACACAUCAUGCUGCUCUCUCUCUAGACUCCUAACAUAGUCGUACACGGAGAGUCAGUAUCCAGUGAGGAUUUCCCCGGAGUGACGCCAGACACGCUCCUACCUCUCCCCGCAUCUCCCUCAAGACUGAGUCGAGGUGGGUCCGAGAAAUCAUCAACUCUUGGAAGAACGUCCAAACCCUCCCCCUCAAUGUCACCCCUCAACCCAGCCAACCUAACCAGUUGGAGCGUGGACGACGUUACGCAGUGGCUCAUCCAGAAAGACCUCGGGAAAUUCAUGGACAUCUUCCGCGAUAACCUCGUAGACGGCGAAUGCCUCAUGGCGCUAGACAACACGCUGCUGAAGGAAGAUUUAGGGAUAAAUGCCCUCGGGCACAGAAGCCGGAUAAUGAAACGGGUCAACGAACUGAAGGCUUCGUUCGAACCGCAGCAAACUUCAUAAAGCACCGGUUCUUUUUCAUUUUUUCUCCUCUCCUUUCUCCGUGUGCCUGUGUGUGUCUUUGUAAUCACUGGGUUUUUUUAUCGUGCCAUUCAGCGUUAUUAGCAGGUCUGACUGUUUGUACUUUGUACUCGUGUUUUUUUGCUCUAAGCAAGCCCACAUACAGUUUUCCUGUAUACUCUUGAUUUUCAUUCCAUGAUGGAUGUAAAAUAAGGCUACUGGCAUAAUAGUGUACUAAGUAUUAUAAUUAUAUGCGCAAGACACCCUGGUAUAUAUACUAGAUCAUGAUUCAUGAUUGUGUUGGGGCCCACAGCCAAUGAAUAAGGAAGACAUCGCCUGA